AUGGGUUAUAUAAGACUUUGUCAAAUACUUAUGUUACUUAUUAUUAUCCAAUCAAGCACAGAAGAUAUACGCUCAUUUAUAAUGUUAAAGAUUACUGGCAGUAAAUUUAAUUGCACUGCUACAACAUGUUUACCAUUCAUUACCAGUAUUGUAUUAAAUAUUCGCAAUUGUCAAAUAGCUUGUUUAGCUCAAACUCAAUGUGAUGCGGCCAGUUUUCAUCAAUCCGCAUCGAUGUGUGAAUUGUUUGCAGACGUAUCGAAUCAAACCGAGAACAUGCUGCCUAAUGUGGAUAUUAUUACUAUGAUUGUCGAAAGUAACACACGAAUACCGCAAGUUUCUGAACCUGGAACAACAACAAUACAGCCAAGUACUGCAGCAAUGUCGACUAUCAGUGCUUGUAUUAACAUGACAAUACCAGUAGGACAAGCUCCAAGCAUGGGAUGGGAUUUUGAAGGAAAUUUAAAUGAUCGUUUUCUCAUUUAUAACGGUACAAACGGAAAUAAAUCAAUAUAUACAUUAGGGAGAUAUAGUUGUAGGAAGUGUUUAAAUCUAUCAAGUUCGCUGAAUCAAUCGGUUUACAUUUAUGGUACACCGUAUAUCGAUUUACGUAAUAUUUCCUUCUCAGUAGAAACUUGGAUUAAACCAACGAUUGUUACCGAUGGUAUGGAACAUGUCAUUCUUGCUCAAUGUGGAUCACUAGGCUCAUAUCAAUGUAUGCGUGUCUCGAUCGGUAGUCCAGGUCCCAUGACUUUUCGAUUUCGUAGUGAUACGCAGACAGGUUUACAAAAUGUAUCGAUCAAUGUUUGGUCACAUUUAGCUUACGUUUACAAUAAGACAGCAGGAACGAUGGCACUCUACUUGAACGGAACUCUUGAUAAGUCAGGUACUGGCCAUGGACCCUAUACAGGGCCACCCACUUUUUUCCAAAUUGGAAAUAUUGAUUCCAUUGGUGGUCUAUACUACGAUGGAUGUAUUGAUGACAUAUUUUUUUAUCCUUUUGCUCGUACUGCUAGUGACAUAGCAGCUACUUUUGCAUUGGGAUAG